GUGUGGGUUAAUGGCUCCUCCUGCAACUGAGAGAGACGGAGCUGGCAGCGAGUAGCAAUACGGGGGAGCAGUCGGAAAAACACAACUACGGCCCUAAUUUUGCUGUUUUCGGUUGCAGUUCGUUGGAUGUUAUAUGAAAAUAGGCAGACGGGGUUGUAGUUGGGGCAUAGUGUCAAACUAGAAGUGGGGAGGUCGAGGAAAGCGUUCUAUUUUUUAACAACCAACUCCCCAAAUGAACUCCAUCAGAGCCACCAACAGGAGACCCAGGCGAGUGUCGAGGCCGCGCCCGGUGCAACCCGAACGGAACAACGGGGAGCGAGAUGGUGAGGCCCCACCAGCCGAGAUGGCUGUGGAGGAGUCGGGCCCAGGAGCUCAAAACAGCCCCUACCAGCUCCGCCGCAAAUCGCUGCUGCCAAAGAGAACUGCCUCCGCCGCCGCUGCCUCCGCCUGCCCCAGCAAAAGCCCCAUGGAGGGAGCCUCCACCUCGACCACAGAGCCCUUUGGCCACCGAGCCAAGCGAGCACGGGUGUCUGGCAAAAGCCACGACCCACCAGCAGCACCAGCAGAGCAGUAUCUGCAACAGAAGCUUCCAGAUGAGGUGGUGUUGAAGAUCUUCUCCUAUCUUCUGGAGCAGGACCUCUGUCAGGCCGCCUGUGUCUGCAAACGCUUCAGCCAGCUAGCCAACGACCCCAUACUCUGGAAGCGUUUGUACAUGGAGGUGUUUGAGUACACGCGUCCCAUGAUGCACCCUGAGCCCGGAAAGUUCUACCAGGUCAGCCCGGAGGAGCAUGAACACCCCAACCCCUGGAAGGAGAGUUUCCAACAAUUGUAUAAAGGAGCCCAUGUAAAACCGGGCUUUGCCGAGCAUUUCUACAGUAACCCAGCCAGAUAUAAAGGCAGAGAGAACAUGCUGUACUACGACACCAUCGAGGACGCGCUGGGCGGCGUGCAGGAAGCUCACUUUGACGGCCUGAUCUUCGUCCACUCUGGCGUCUACACAGACGAGUGGAUCUACAUCGAGUCCCCCAUCACCAUGAUAGGAGCAGCUCCUGGGAAGGUAGCUGACAAGGUCGUGAUCGAGAACACUCGAGACUCUACAUUUGUUUUCAUGGAAGGAUCGGAGGACGCCUAUGUGGGAUACAUGACCAUCAGGUUCAACCCCGAUGACAAGUCUGCCCAGCACCACAAUGCCCACCACUGCCUGGAGAUCACCGUCAACUGCAGCCCCAACAUCGACCACUGCAUCAUCCGCUCCACCUGCACAGUGGGCUCUGCUGUGUGUGUGAGCGGCCAGGGGGCGUGUCCUACCAUCAAACACUGCAACAUCAGCGACUGUGAGAAUGUGGGCUUGUACAUCACGGAUCACGCGCAGGGUAUCUAUGAAGAUAACGAGAUCAGUAACAAUGCGCUUGCUGGCAUCUGGGUGAAAAACCAUGGCAACCCCAUCAUCCGACGCAACCACAUCCACCACGGGCGAGAUGUCGGGGUGUUCACCUUCGAUCAUGGAAUGGGCUACUUUGAGAGCUGUAACAUCCACAGGAACCGCAUCGCGGGCUUCGAGGUGAAGGCGUACGCCAACCCCACAGUGGUGCGCUGUGAGAUCCACCACGGCCAGACCGGGGGCAUCUACGUGCACGAGAAGGGCCGGGGCCAGUUCAUAGAGAACAAGAUCUACGCCAACAACUUUGCCGGCGUGUGGAUCACCUCUAACAGCGACCCCACGAUACGGGGCAACGCCAUCUUUAACGGUAACCAAGGAGGCGUGUACAUCUUCGGAGAUGGGCGGGGCCUAAUCGAGAGCAACGAUAUCUACGGCAACGCGCUGGCGGGAAUCCAGAUUCGAACUAACAGCUGUCCCAUCGUGCGACACAACAAGAUCCACGAUGGCCAGCAUGGAGGCAUAUACGUGCACGAGAAGGGCCAGGGGGUGAUAGAGGAGAACGAGGUGUACAGCAACACGCUGGCAGGAGUGUGGGUCACCACCGGCAGCACGCCAGUCCUGCGCCGGAACCGCAUCCACAGCGGCAAACAGGUGGGUGUGUACUUCUAUGACAACGGUCAUGGUGUUCUGGAGGACAACGACAUCUACAACCACAUGUACUCUGGCGUGCAGAUCAGGACGGGCAGCAACCCCAAGAUCAAGCGCAACAAGAUUUGGGGGGGCCAGAACGGGGGCAUCCUGGUCUACAACUCGGGCCUGGGCUUCAUCGAGGACAACGAGAUCUUCGACAACGCCAUGGCGGGCGUGUGGAUCAAGACGGACAGCAACCCCACGCUGCGGAGGAACAAGAUCCACGACGGGAGAGACGGAGGCAUCUGCAUCUUCAACGGAGGGAGAGGCUUGCUAGAGGAGAACGACAUCUUCCGGAACGCCCAGGCCGGAGUGCUGAUCAGCACCAACAGCCACCCGGUCCUCCGCAAGAACCGCAUCUUCGACGGCUUUGCUGCUGGUAUCGAGAUCACCAACCACGCCACGGCCACGCUAGAGGGAAACCAGAUCUUCAACAAUCGCUUCGGGGGGCUGUUCCUGGCCUCCGGGGUCAACGUCACCAUGAAAGACAAUAAGAUCAUGAACAACCAGGAUGCUAUAGAGAAAGCUGUGAGCAGAGGGCAGUGUCUCUACAAGAUCUCCAGCUACACCAGUUACCCCAUGCAUGACUUCUACAGAUGUCACACCUGUAACACAACAGACAGGAACGCCAUCUGUGUGAACUGCAUCAAGAAAUGCCACCAAGGCCACGACGUGGAGUUUAUACGACACGACAGGUUUUUCUGUGACUGCGGCGCCGGAACGCUAUCCAAUCCCUGCACUCUGGCCGGGGAACCCACGCACGAUACAGACACUCUGUACGACUCUGCCCCGCCCAUCGAGUCCAACACCCUGCAACACAACUGAACAGAGUGAAGUGCCCACACACACACACACACACAGACACACAUAUACAUACACACACGCGCGUCACACUCGGUGAAGGAAAUGGUCCCUUGGAGCAUCUCUCCAAGAGCUUGGAGGGGCUGUCACUUGUCAAGGUGCUGGAGACAUGGCCUCCGUUUUGGCUUUUUGGUUCUUGUACAGAUGUUCAGUCACUGGUUCCAAGUAAAUGCAUAAACCUUGCACAUUCACCAACAAGCUUUCGACGAUGGCUCCAAACAUUGAAGAGAGGAGAUGUUCUUAGCAUAACGUCAUUGUGUUGUUCAUGGUCUUGGGGAAAGUGUACCCUGACAUGGAUGAGGCCUGAGGUGAUGGAUCUGACCUCUGGAAGUGAUGGUUUCGCUAGGGAAUAUCUGCCAUUUUCUCCCAUUUCUGACACUCGACAUGCAUAGAUGCAUUUUCACACACAUAUAUCCCACACACACACACACCCAAACUGCAGCACACAUACUCCCACUCUGCAGAGUUGCAGCCACAAGGAGCCAGAGAGCCCUUGUGUUCGGGGCUGUGAGCCAGCCAGCCAGGCCAGGAGCCGGGGCCUGCAGACAGACUGCCUGCCUGCCUGCCUGCAGCGCCCAGAGCUCCCACUAGAGGGGGCCCAGACUCAACGGACUCCCACCAAACGGCCACAUGAGAUUCCUCACUCGAGCAUUUCUUAACUCAAGUCUUGGCAGAGCGAGACUGCUGGAUGCAAGCUGGAGCAAACGAGCCAAGCAACGGAGGGGAGGGGCCUCGCCACUUUGUACGCCGUCAGGGGAGCAGCCAAUAAGAAGCCACUUCCUCUGUGAUCACCAACGCUCCGACUUCCUCUCGAGACAGGAAGUGUGUAGUCCUGGCCCCUCCCCCAGGCCUGCGGCCGUGAGGUUGCCACGGCAGUUGUAACUAGGCGACAGCUGACCCAGCUGUUGCGCGUGGCAAAAGAAGAGUGAGACUGUGAUGGAGCACUUGGUCUGUUAUUUGUAUUUUUUUGUAAUAUGUUAUUCUGAUCAACAGAUAUGAUUUUAAUGCUUUCUCAUGUAGUUUUGUAUUUUCAAGCAAAAAUCGGACUGUAUUUGAAUGUCUUUUAUUUUAUUAUAUAUUAUUAUGAUAAUUAUAAUUAUUCAUUUUCUUUGGUUAGCGCCCCCUCCCUCCCCACCCCCUUCCCCCCAGCGUACUGCAGUAACUCGCUGUCCCAGUGGUAAUAGUUCUUUCUGUGAAAGAGAAACUCGUUUAACACUAAGAACCCUCUCCAGUUGAUCAGUUGAAGACGACAGGAGAACUUCCAUAGUUGUAUAAAGGUGUGUGUGUGUGUGUGUGUCUGGUUGUGGCGUACCUGUGUAGUGAAUGUUGUGAGCGUAGUGUGCGAUGUGUGUGUGGUAUGGUUGUGAGUGUUGGUGUCAGAUUAUGCAGGCAGUGUUGCUGGGCAGGGUCGUUCUCAGAGGUGUCUGGGCCUCUGGACUGGACGAGUACGUCUGCAGUGUGUGUCCCCCCCCACCCCCUCUUCCUCAUCCCCCCCUGCCCCCCCCCCCCUUGUAUUGUGCUGACUGUGGCUCCUCAUGCAGCCUGAAUCGUAUGCAUGUACCAUAACAUCUAGACUUAAUAUAUUGUGAAGUAUUCAAUAACCAUUAUGUAGAUGCUAGUUGGAGUUCAAAAAGGGGUUUAAUUUCCUAGAAAGAAAAAAAAGAAAAGCAGGAAACUGGUAAUUUCUAAGAAA